AUGGGAACACCCUCUGAUGUGACAGAGGGACUAUCUAAAAAGAACUGCCGUGAGAAAUAUUUUCAAAGAGAACCGUUAAGGGCAGAAGAAGAAAAAGGUUUUGGAGCAGAGAGAGGAAACGAGUAUGACCCCGAGAGAUGGCACUAUAGUGGUUGUGAUCCUAAUGAUGAUAAACCUCCUGAUUCCAGUAGAAUGUCAAGGUCGCAUGACGAUAAGUGGGAUAACAAGAAGUCUCAAAAUGAAAAUGUUCCGUAUGUUGACGAGUACGAUGCUUAUAAUAAGGACAGUAAGAACAGAACGGCAAGACGAGAUGAGAGGGAUUAUAGCAGGAGAUGGCAGGAAUCUCUAGAGAGAUACGGAAGUGGAAGCGUAGAAGCACAUGACGGGUAUUCACAGUCUCCGAAGGUUUUCGAUUACGGUCAUACUACUCGAUCUAGUGAUAGAGACAUUGACACGUAUCAAACAAGCAGGCAUGGAGAUGAGAAUGAAAGAAGAACUGACGACAGAUUUGAAAAAUUUAGCAGAGACGCUAGAGAAAGAGAAACCGACAGAAGAAGAGAUGUUGGAUACAGAGAGAGAGAAAGUGAGAGAACUGGUUACUAUGGAGACAGGGUGCAGCCAAAUUACAAGGAAGGGGAAAGAGAUAAGUUCUAUGACAAUUACUAUCACCGUGAAAGAGAUGAGAGAUUCGACUCUAGGAGCGAAGAAUAUGAUCACUAUGGUGAUGAUAUGGCAAAUAUGGAGGAGUUUCCAGAGAUGGUAGAACAUGGUGACAACAAGUCACAAGAUGGCGGAAUGCUGUACGAGGACUUCUUGUUUGGAGCCGAGGAUGACAUCGAAGAUAUUGCUGAUUACAGACGGAGUGGAGACGGUACGGGAUAUAGAAGUAGAGAAGUUGAUAGCGAAAACAGUAGAAAAAGAGAUGAUAGGUCAAGAUCCAGUGAAAAAAAGAACUAUGAAAGUAGGUCAAGGGAUAAACGUUAUGAUUCAUACAGAAGUAGGGGAUCUGAUAAUAAAGGUAAAGAAGCUUUGCAAGGAAAUCAUGAAAUACAGAGCAGGGAAAGAUCGAAGCAAGGAAAUCGGGACAUACAGAGGAGAGAUAGAUAUGAUGAUAUAAAUGAUGCACCUGGAAUAAGGAAAGCUGAAAGGAAACUUUACCUAUAA